AUGAAUCUCCUCCUUGAGCAGAGGGAGGCUCUACAAAAGCAGGUGGGAGAGUUGACAUCUCAGCUGGCAGCCUCCCGAGAGUCGCAGGAGGGAACUGUCCAGAGAGCCCAGCAAGAAGUGAAUGAGGCCCAGGAAGAGUCAAGGCAGAAGCUGUUGGAGGUUGAGCAUGUCCAGAAGAUGCUGGAGGAGGCAGAACAUCAGAACAAGGAGCUGCUGAUUCUGUCUAUGGAGGAAAAGGACCUUCACCUCAGAACGCUGGAAGAAGAGAACCUGGCACUCAACAGUCAGAUGUCUCAGCUUCGUUCUACUCUUCAGCAGGCCCAAAAGCUCUGUUCUAAAUAUAGGAGAGAACUGCAGGAGCUCAACACCCAGAUCUGGGCCCAGCUGGACGCUGUGAGGCAGAAGGCAGCUCGUGAGGCAGCUGAAGAGAAGCAGGUGCUGGAAACUGAGGUGUCUGAGCUGCGUGUGAGGCUCCAGAGCUCUGAAGAAAGAGCAGAGGCCGUGGCCAUACAGCGUAAGGCAGCAGAGCUGGAGCUGAAGAAGACAAAAGCUCAGAGAGACCGACUAAAAGCCGAAAAUAAGGAGCUGCUGAAACAGUUGGAGGAAAUGGAGCAAGGUUUGCAGAGGGCAGAAAAGAAACACACCUCUCGAGAAACUGCCAUGGAGAAAGAGGCCAGUGAAAGACAGGAAGAGGCUGUGACUCUUUGUCAGAAGGUGCCAUCCCUGAAGAGGAAAUUGGAGAGCCUGGAGAAAGAAAGGAAGGAUGUGCAGCAGGCUGUUGGAGCAGAAGGGAAGCAGGUGUCAGAGCACUCCAGGGAGGGCGUGGAAUGUGUGCAGGAUCUGGUUGCAACAUCAGCAGAAGUCAAGACAGAGAAGCGUGAAUCGACCACUGAGCCUAGGAGAACUGGCGAGCUGGUGAAACCUGAAGGAAGAAGAAUCAGAAGUUUUAAGAGAGUGUUCCUCCCAGACUACAUAAAGUUGCGUGUCUCUGACUCUGACCAGCAGACUACGUUGACGUCUCAAGAACAGGAAUCCUCCAGUAGCUUAGGGGAGCAGUAG